GCGCGGAUCGGAUCACUCCUCGGGAAGCACGGCGUGAUCAUUCAGAGCAUUCGCGAAUCCACCGGCGCGCGCCUGAAGCUCGCGGAUCCCAUCCCCGGCACGGACGAACGCGUAAUAAUCAUCUCCGCUCGUAGCGACAAGAACUUUUGCAGCGGCGACGCUGCGAACGACGGCGACGCGGCUACGGAUCGCCCGGAGGACUGGUCCGUCGCACAGGAAGCCCUGAUUCGGGUGCACGCGAGAAUAGCCGACGCGGAUGGCGACAAUCGCGAGUUUCGCGACAAGGAUGGGCCAGAGGGUGGUUCUACAAACGGAGCUGCCAAUAGCGGAGGGACCCCUGCGAGGCUGCUCGUGCCGAGCAGUCAGAUCGGGUGUCUUCUGGGGAAGGGCGGCUCGAUCAUCGCGGGCAUGCGACAGGACAGCGGCGCGCACAUUAGGAUCUUCAAUAAGGACAAACUGCCGCCCUGCGCGCUGCCCACGGACGAGUUGGUGCAGGUGACAGGCGAUUAUCCUGUGGUCCAGAAGGCCCUAGAGCUCAUCUCUAUUCGCCUCCGUCGCUCGCCUCCUCGCGACCCGCCCAACUUCCUCGCCAUGCACCCCACGUCUGGUCACCAUCAGCCUGCUGGUUACCAGCCGGCGCCUGGUUACCAGGCGUCGGGUUACCACCGCGCAGCUGAUUCGUACCCCCCUCGGUCCGCCCCAGCUGCGGCCUUCCCCCCGCAAGGCUAUUCCCCUUACGCUCUCCCCCAAAGCUACGCAGCCGCGCCGUCCCUCUUCGGGGGAGCGUGGGGCGCGGGCGCAGCAGCAGGGGGGGCGCACGGUUAUGGGGGGAUGGGGGGCGGGGGCAGGGGCGGGGGAGGCGCGGAGGGGGCGGCGGUGGAGAUGGAAUUGCGGGUGCUGUGCCCCGCGGAUAGAGUGGGGAUCGUGAUUGGCAAGGGCGGGUCGCGAAUCAAGCAGAUCAAGGAGGAGACGGGCGCGCGAGUGAAGGUGACAGAGGCCGUGGCGGACUGUGAUGAGCGCAUCGUGAUCAUUGAUGCCAUGGAGGUGAGUGAAAGGACAGUUGACUCGUUGACUACUUGGUUUGUAGGCACUGUUCCGCGUGCAUGCAGCCAUCUCGCGCCUUCGCCCUUACCCUCUCUAUCUCUCAUGCUCGUUUGCUCCCCUCUGCCCUCGCCUUGUGCCUCUCUCCCAGGCGCCCUUCUCGCCCACUCGCCCACGGAGGAGGCGCUGUUCCGCGUGCAUGCAGCCAUCUCACGCUCUCCCCCUCUCCAAUCCUCCCCUCUCCCUCCUUCCCCCCCUCUUCUCUCCCCCCAGGCGCCCUUCUCCGGCCACUCACCCACAGAGGAGGCGCUGUUCCGCGUGCAUUCAGCCAUCUCGCAACACCAUGCGGGCGACAGGGCGGCAGGGGCAGCAGAGGAGGGCGGGAGAGACACCCACGGGGUCACUGCUCGACUGCUCGUUAGAAAGGUGCAGGUGGGGUGUGUGAUGGGCAAGGGCGGCAGCAUCAUCAGCGAGCUGAGGAGCACGAGCAGGGCGCGCAUCAACAUCCCUCCCCGGGAUCAGCUGCCUAAAUGCGCUGAUGAGAGCGAUGAAGUGCUCGUGGCAUCAGGCGCUCCCGAUCCCCUUUCACCAGGCAUCAGGCGCCUCCUCCUGUGUCACUCGCCCCACUGUGUGUUUCCCAUGUCUUCUUCUCCCUCUCCCCCCCCCGUCUUCUUUCACCAGGUAUCAGGCGAGCCCCACUGUGUGUCCCACGCGCUGCGCCUCAUCUGUGCGCGCAUCCGAGGCAGGGAAACCGCCGUUGCCUCUAAAGGCGCUGCUGCUGCCGAUGCUCGUGCUGGUGCUGCUGGUGGGGGUGGUUAUGCAGAGACAGGGAGGGGAGGGGGAGGGGGGUACGGCUAUCCUGGGUCGAACAGUCGAGGGGAGGGGGCGUAUGGGUAUUCAACACCACCAGCAGCAGCAACAGCGCCAGCAGUGGUGGCCACUCUGUCUGCUGGGGGCCCUGAUGGCACUGUUGGGUGGUCGUACGAGCCAAAGGUGGAGCCUUCCUACCAUGAUUCGGGCUACUCUGCUCCCAGGGGCUCUGGCUGGGACGUGGCGCCAGCAGCAGCGCAAGAGUAUGGCAGCUACUCACAUGCCUCUGCUCCCUCGUCUGCCCACUUCUCCUCGCCUCCUCCCACUCACACUGCUGCUGCUGCCAGUGCUGGUGGCGCUGCUGGUGGUGGCAGUGCUGGUGCUGGUACAGGUGGUGGUGGUGGUGGGUCAGGGGGAGCGGCAGGAGGAGGAGUGAUGACAGCGCUGGUGACAGUACCUGCUGUGGCAGCAGGGGCGGUUAUCGGCAAAGGGGGAGCCAACAUCCAGCAGAUCAAAAGCAUAUCAGGGGCGUGUGUGCGCAUGUAUGAGAUCUCAGGGGCGCGUGUGCGCAUGUACGAGGGGCGGGAGGGCGAGAGCGAGCGGGUGGUGGAGGUGGUGGGGUCGGCGGACCAGGUGCAGGCGGCUCAGGCCAUCAUCCAUGCGUUUGUCAUCAAAGGCACCGCCGCUGCUGAGAGGCAUGCGGAGAGGCGCGAGGCGUACUGA